AUGUUCCAGAUGCUGAGCACGAUUUACAAAUACUACUAUGAUGUCAAAUGGAACAGAUGGAUGCCGGUCCUAUCUGGUGCCUGCUUCUUAGGCACGCCUCAUUCGAGUGACACAGAUCGUUCCAAGCCAAAACUGAAUUUGAUACUUCGAAUGCUCAAAUUGAGCACAAAAGUACUAUGUUCGGCAGAAAAGCACUCGAGUGCCUUUCUGUCAAGUGUUUGUUCGCGCUUCAACGAGGUCGGCGGUGACAUUGGUGAUGAUAUGCGUAUCAUGUCGGUCUUCGAGGAGAGCAAAACCAAGAUCCGGGAUCAUGUUUUCAAAGCCACGGCUGAAGUCCUGGUUGAUCGGCUCUUUGCCGAAAUAGGUGCUCGGCGCGAGAUCCUGUUGGGCGCAGCAGCGGACCACAGGCUUAUUUGCGACCUCUCAAACAGCCAGGAGGCACUCCAAGCUUUGAGGACGAUGGUCAGAGACGCCCUUACCAAAAAGGACCAUUUCGCAAGCCGAAACGAAGUCCAGGAAGACGGCUCCAGCGGGUUUGAGAACCCGUGGGUCAGCACAAGUUCUGUCAUCGAGAUCGCGGAAGCGACCGACUGGCAGCACAAUCUGCCGGUGCGAUCCGGUCAAGCCACACGAGGCUCGGGAUCUACCGAGCACCUCUCAGCCAGUUUCGAGCCUGUUCCGCCUGCGCUUGAUGUUGUCGAGGACGGAAACCCCGUUUUACUGCCUUGUUACUUGCUGGACUCGUGGACCCGGAACCCUGCGUUCAAAGGCCGUCAGGAACUGAUGCGGGAGAUCGACCAGGCUCUCCUCCCAGAAAACCAGGAUGUAAGGAGAUUGGCCCCGUUCGCACCGUUAUCUACAUUCGUGCUUUGCGGUAUGGGAGGGUCAGGCAAGACAGAGAUUGCCACUGAAUAUGCAUUUACGCGACAGCAUCUCUUCGACGCGGUCUUUUUGGUGAAUGCCUCAACUACGGCGAAGCUGGCUGAGAGGUUCUCGCAGAUUGCCACUAAGCUUGGCCUAAUCACCACGGAAGAAGCUAUUGACCGGGGCGUCGCACGAAUGAAUGUUCUCAAAUGGCUUUCAGACCCCAAACGUAGCAUCAAACCGGGGCCUGACGCAGGCGAGGGGCAAGACGUGGAAGAGAAAGACCCCGUGAGGUGGCUUCUGGUAUUUGACAAUGCAGACGAUCCACGUUUGCUGACGGACUAUUGGCCGUCUGCAGGUUCCGGCUCAGUUCUUGUGACCAGCCGUGACUCUGUAACACAGAGGCAUCUUGAUGCGCCAAACGGUACGACCCUUGGAGGUCUAGCCGACGAUGAAGGUGCUGCCUUGCUGCAGCAAGUGACGCACGAAAAGGACGAAAGCGCAGACUUUUCUGCAACCAAAGAAAUAUCCCGGCGCUUUCUCGGGUAUCCUUUGGCUCUCAAACUCGUCGCAGCGAUGCUGAGGCGAAGAGACCUUACAUUUUCGGAGUUCUUGAGGGCAUAUCCAGCCAGCAAAGCUAUCAAGGACCUCUAUGAGCCCGGCUUACCUUUGCUACAAGAUGCGUACGGGCACAACAUGUCUACAGUCUGGUCCCCGCAAGACUUCAGUGCGCGUGCCCUUGAUCUCCUAGGGUUCUUAGCGUUGCUUGACCCGGAUCGUGUAGAUGAGGAGCUGAUCGUACACGCUAUUUCAGCCGUCAAGUCACCUCAUUUCUUCACCGAUGAGGCCGACUACUUGGACGCGCGAACCGACCUUCUGAAAGCUUCAUUGAUCCAGAGAGACAAAACAGCCGGGCGUCUCACUAUUCAUCGACUAGUCCAAGAGGCUGCUAUAUUCCAUUUUCCAACAGGAAGGCUUGGGACCAUGAUCAGCCUUGUGAUCGAUGUACUUGCGGCAAAAUGGCCAUACCCAGAAGAUCGAUAUACUCACGAUCCGGAAUUGUUCAACGACUUUGAGACUGUUGCGCCGCACAUCGCGAAACUGCAGGUAUUGUACAAUCAAAACAACUCUUUCAGCAUGGACUUCCAAACAAUGCGGAAGCUUUGCGAACUCUUACAGCAAGGCGGGUGGUACUUGACCGAGCGAGGCAAUUUCGACGAGUCAUUGGAGAUGUUCAAGACCGCGCUCAGAAUCUGUGAAACCUAUCCGGACAAAAUGGAAGAGCUACUAGCGGACUGCUUGUUCUGUAUCGGCGAUGCAUUGUCUGAGACUAACGAACCAGCUGCUGCGCUCGAGUAUGCAAAGCGACAUUACGAUGUUCGGCUGAAUCUGGAGAAGGAUAGGUCAAAACCGUCGCUGUAUGGCGCACUCGCGUACAGCGAGCUCGGAAAUGCUCAGAUGCUUAACGGUCUGUUCGAGGAGGGCAUAGAAAACUGCAAAUCAGCCAGAGCCAUCCAGUUCAAGGACCAGGAGUUCCUCGACGGGACAUACUGGCCCUAUUUUUCCACCAUACAAAUGGCUCUGUGCUUGUCAGCGCUUGGGCGCUCUGAUGAGGCGGUGCCUUUGCUUCAGGAAACCAUUGAUUGGGGUAUCAAGUUCUACGGGCCAAAGCCACGGACGUUCAAGCAAGGCUUUGCAUACUACGCCCUGGGAAAUGUCUACGAAGAUCUUCAGCUUACUGAUGAAGCAUACAAUUGCCACAGACAGGCAUUGGAUAUCUUGUUCGAUACUCGCGGCAAGCACUUCCAUCGUACCGGCACGGCGUACCUGAAGAUGGCGGAACACGCAAACAGGCUCUAUGAGUACGAAGCAGCCAAGUAA